GCCAGCCACACCGGGACGCUCUAUAGCAGCAGCAACAGCAGCAGCAGCAGCAGCAUCAUCAUCUGGUGUCUGGCUGUCAAAUUUAAAUGCCAACAACCAGCUCAUCAUCCUGGCAACCAUCUUAGGUUCAAGAAAUACCUUCCAAACUGAGGAGAAACUCAUAUCGAAUGAAAUGUACUCUGGCAAAAAAAGAUAGAAAAUCUACAAAUCUAUCUUGAAUUUUCAUCCUUUUAAUACAAUCAAACAAUCUUUAAAAUAUCAAGACUCAAUCAUGUCCAAGGACGAUGUUUGUAAAGUGACAUCUGCCAGCAAACACAAGGAGCGCAAGCCUAAGAAGCCUCACUAUAUUCCCCGGCCAUGGGGCAAACCCUACAACUACAAAUGCUUCCAGUGUCCCUUCACCUGCAUGGAGAAGUCCCACCUGUACAACCAUAUGAAGUACAGCCUAUGCAAGAACUCCCUUUCUCUGCUCAUAGAGUCAGAUUGGCCAUAUAAAAAGGGCAACAUCUUGCACCCAGAGCAGCUACGACCUUUUCAGCAAGCACAUGGCCAUCAAGCUACUGGGAAAAAUGGACUAGAGCAGGUAACAGGGACUGAGGAGAGACAAAGGCAACACAGGGCCAUGGAGGAGGAAGGUGAAGACAGGGAAAGCCAGGUACAAGAAGAUGAGGAAGAGGGAGGACGAGGAGAUGGAGUAGAGAUGAAUGGGCUGAUGAAAGAGAGCACCAGUAACAACAGAGAAGAUGCCGCGGAGUGCACUACUAAGAACACCAAACAACCAGAGUCAGAGCUUUUGAUGGCUGACAUGCUCUCCCUGGAAGAUCAACUUUUACGAGCACGCUCAGUAGAGGUAGAGGCCCAGCUGAAACACUAUAAGCUAUCCAAGACAUAUCUAACAGCUCCUGGCCUGCUGUCGGAGCAGUGGCGGCUGUUAGCAACCAGCCACACAAAGGCCAAAGCUGAAGGUGCUCAGCCCCGAGUGAGUAAUUCCAUCCCCUGUUACCCUCCUCCGCCAAACCUGGUGGAUUACCAGGAUCCCACCGGACUAAACCUGUCAAUGCUCGGGGUGGGCUACCCCAUCAGCCCCAGCCUCUUCUCCUACAUGAACUCAGCCAUUCCCACUGCUGCCACGGGUGUCACCGCCCAGACACACGCGCAGCUUGCCCAGCUUCCCUUCCUGGCAUCGGCCGCUCAGCUGAUGCACCCAGCCUCCAGCACCCACACAGACAGAGCUUUCAUUCCCCCUCGUCUCUACUACCCCUUCCUGUGUGAGCACACAUUCGGACCAGCCUCCAGUCAGAGUGAUGCCAGCAAAGUGCUCAAGACGUCCACAAACAGUCUAGAAGCGAAUCCCCUGUUUGGCUUUCAGCCUAAAGUCAACCUGUGGAAAGUGCCUGCUUUGCGGCCGGGAACCACCGCAGACUCCCCUGCUGGCUGGGCGUCACCUCAGAGAGACUCCCCCGACCAGGGCUAUAGGUUGGGGGAUAAACUGCAGGCUACAGCCAAGAAUAGUAAAGCAAGUUGGGGGCUCAAGAGAACAGGGGCCCCUCUGGGGAACCAUGAGACACCUGUGGAGAAGAAGCCGGCCAUGGGUUUCACUUUGGACCUUCUUAAGAAUAUUCAGACUGCAUCAAAUCUUAAUAUGGCAGCGGACAAACUUCUGUUCCAUGGCAGUUUACAGGAUGCUAAGCUUCAGCCUCGGCCUGCUGAAUUGUGGUACAAUGAACCUCUCACCAGUCCCAACAGUGAAACAUCCUCACUUUCUACCUGUGGGGGACCCAAUAGCCAGGACUCGACUGCUGCCCGGACAAUGGGGGAGGGCGCUUCAGAGUCAGUGGCUGCUCUCCUCAGUGACCUCUCCAAGGCCUUGCAGGAGUACCAGGAGGCUGAGCGGAAAAUCUCCCACCUGGAGAAGGAGGACCUUCCUGCCCAGCGCCACCUCUGGGAACACCUGAGCAAAAUCCGCAGCGAGCUCUCCCACAUCCACCAGGCGCUAGAGCGGACGGCUCGGCAGAGCGACGGGCCUCUCGACCUGUCAGUCAAGAGAGGCUCGACAGAUUCAGUUGGUGACCUCAGCAUGAGAGAAGAUGGCAGUCUUAAAGACAACACGACAGAGACAGAGGAGGAGGAGGAGGAGUUAGAGGAGAGAAAGGAGGAAGAAGAGAAUGAGAGCGAGAGGAAGGCGAUGAAGGCUUCGUUGGAGAGUCGUAAGCAGUCGUUGGACAUGUUGAUCAAGAUGAGUCAGGCGUCGGUGGUAAACACAGAAGUUCUCUCUCCGGGGGGUCUUGGCAUGAGGCCCAGUUCUGCUGAGGCCUUAUGGCCAAGCAGAACCACCAAGUGUGAGGCAGACUCCAGCGUCCUGCUCUGCCCUGACGGCCGGUCAGUGGUGUUCACAGACAUCCCCUCCUCUGCCAAAACCUCAAAGAGACCACCGUCCACACGACUAGAAGCCCAUUGUCCUCUGAGCCCUUUGACAGCUUCUGACAAUUAA